GUAGUAAAUCUUUAACAUUUUGGGUAUCAGUAACGAAAAGGAUGAAACACGGUAAGAAACGGAAGAUGAAGCGGAGUGAUACUGAUACGGAUUCUGAAAUGGAUGCAUCCACCAGUACGCAGCAAGAAAAGAGGAGGGAAUCUCCUACAACAAGUAGUAGUACUGCAGCCCCUAAUCAAAAACAUCACUGUAGCGAAUCUCAACCGUGCAGCAAAUGUAGUAAUACUAUGCCAUUUCUGCCCACACUUGGAGAUUUUAACAAAUUUCCAUUAGAAAUAUUUGAAAUCAUUUUAGGAUAUAUUUCAGUGAAAGAUAUCAGUAUGAUGUGCAUAGUAUCAAAAAUUAUCAGAAAUCGUGUUGUUAAUUACAUCUCCUCUCCCUAUGGAAAUAGGAGAUUUUUCCCACAGGAUUUUCAUGACCAGGAUGACUCUACUGCAGCCUCCAUUCUGGAACACUACAGUUCAUUAGGCUUAUUGUUUAAGAGGUGCACUUUACUGCUCCCUACAAAAGAGAGGCUGAAGUACAUAAACAAAAAGUUUGCAGAAAUUUCCUGUUUCCAAUUCUAUGGCUGCUUAGAUCCUUUGAACUGUUUGGGAUUACAUUGUUAUGGAGUAUUUUUACAGACCUUAACAGCUGGUUGGGAUGAAGAUGAAUGUGAAAGAGUUUACGAUUUUCUCUGCGAUGUCACCAGUUUACCUCAGAGAAUACAGAGAAUUGUCAGCGGCAAGCCUGGACGUUUCCGUAAAUUGGAAUUGAGGAUAAGGUCAUUUUGCCGUGGUGUACUUCUAAACCAUUGGAUUCAUGAGACUGAUUCAAUAUUUUGGCUGACCUGUAUUUUAAAGCCGUGGCCAAUUGUAAAUCAAGCUCAGCUGCUGUAUCUAAUGUUUGGACCUACAUCUGAAGAAGAUGGAAAUAUUGAUUGGAGGAAUAUGACUGAUGGGCCAACCGAUGAAAAUAGUUUAAAAGGGUUGGCAGAUGCUAUUAAACUAUUAUACGAAACAGAUAGAGAUGAAUGGAUGGUGGACGAUGUUAUCGGUCUGGUAGAUGAGCUUUCAGUAAUCCCUCAGGAAUGGCAUCUUGAAAACAGUGCUCGUUUUCUUAUUAUGUGCGGAAAUACCAUUUGCUUCCCAUUUAUGGCUAGUAAAGCUGUGGAUGGUCAAGCUGUUCCAUUGGCAAGGCUGGUGGUGUUCCAGGCAUUGGUGUGCGAGAAGGACCUCUAUUGCAUGAGCUGGGCUGUAAAAAUGAUGCAGAAAGUCUGUACUGUCUUCACUACUGAAACUGAAAAGAACCUUUUUUUGCAAAGUAUAGAGAAUACCUUUGCACAAAUUAUCAUGGAUGCUCUACAGUUGGUGAUAGCUGGAGAGCAUGAUGAAGAAGAGACUAUCUUUCUGAAUCUUUUUCAUCUGGUCAAUGCACAAGCAAAUUUUCAUAAAGAAAUCCUUUACUUAACCAUGAAUUACUGUGUGUAA